AUGGCCAACAGCAAUUUGCCGCGCAGAAUUAUCAAGGAGACGCAGCGCCUUUUGAGUGAACCAGCUCCAGGGAUUAGUGCAUCUCCAUCUGAAGACAAUAUGCGGUAUUUCAAUGUCAUGAUUCUUGGUCCAACGCAGUCUCCUUAUGAAGGAGGGGUUUUUAAGCUGGAGCUGUUUUUACCUGAGGAAUACCCCAUGGCUGCUCCGAAGGUUCGCUUCCUCACGAAAAUCUACCACCCUAACAUUGAUAAGCUUGGAAGGAUAUGCUUAGAUAUUCUCAAGGACAAAUGGAGUCCAGCCCUUCAGAUCAGAACUGUACUUUUGAGCAUACAAGCACUUUUGAGUGCUCCAAAUCCUGAUGACCCACUCUCUGAAAACAUUGCCAAGCAUUGGAAAUCGAAUGAGUCUGAAGCUGUUGAAACAGCUAAAGAGUGGACGCGUCUGUAUGCAAGUGGUGCUUGA